GUGUUUUUUUUUUUUUGACCGAACGGGCAUGAUUCACUCAAAAACCCUAGCUAUACUUAUACUCCUGCCCCAAAAUUGUCCGCCACCCUCCCGUCCCUCCCCCGAAAAAAGAGUAGCUGCGCAAUCCAUCAUCCCUCGAAGCAAAGAUGAAGGUGAUCGCUGCGUAUUUGCUGUCUGUAUUGGGAGGGAACGCAGCACCUACAGCCGACGAUCUGAAGUACAUCCUAGGCUCAGUUGGAGCUGAGAUUGAUGAUGAAAGGAUUGAUCUUCUUUUGUCCGAAGUUAAUGGUAAAGAUAUCACCGAACUGAUUGCUAGUGGAAGAGAGAAGCUGGCUUCAGUACCUGGCGGUGGUGGCGCAGUUGCUGUUGCUGCUGCGCCUACAGCUGGUGCUCCUGCUGGUGGUGCUGCGCCUGCCGCUGAGGCAAAGGAAGAAAAGAAGGUGGAAGAGAAGGAGGAGUCAGAUGAGGACAUGGGUUUCAGUUUAUUCGACUGAAAGGUCUUGACCGCUCCCUUUGUCGGAGGGAUUUGCCGUUCUGGUCACGAGCUUAGUACAACCACAGUUUUUGUUAUUGAAGUUGCAUAUUAAGUUAGGUUUUUUUUUUUUUUUUUUACGCCCCUGUUGAGACAUUGUAAUGACAUCAAACACGUUGACGUGAUUAUUAAUAGUUUGAAUUUAUCUUUGAA